CGCCACGGCUGCCGUCAGCGCAGCCGGAAGUGCCGUCGGGAGCCGUAAACAAGCCCGUGGGGAGCCCGCGGCCGGCGCGCUUCCAUCUUGGAGGAGCUGGAUCCCGAUCCCGGCGCGGACCAUGGGCGGCGUCCUGGGCCUCUGCUCCAUGGCGAGCUGGAUACCGUGCUUAUGCGGAAGUGCCCCCUGCCUGCUCUGCCGGUGCUGCCCCAGUGGGAACAACUCCACCAUAACUCGGCUGAUUUAUGCAUUCUUUUUACUUCUUGGCGUGAGUGUUGCCUGUGUGAUGUUAAUACCAGGCAUGGAAGAGCAGCUGAAGAAGAUUCCUGGAUUUUGUGAUGGAGGGAUGGGAACAACUAUUCCUGGUGUGCACGGCCAUGUGAAUUGCGAUGUACUAGUUGGUUACAAAGCUGUGUACCGUGUGUGCUUUGGUAUGGCCAUGUUCUUCCUUCUCUUCUCAUUAUUGAUGAUCAAAGUGAAGAGCAGCAACGACCCAAGGGCAGCGGUGCACAACGGAUUCUGGUUCUUUAAAUUUGCAACAGCACUUGCAAUUAGUGUUGGAGCUUUCUUCAUACCAGAGGGACCAUUUACAACUGUCUGGUUUUAUGUAGGUAUGGCUGGAGCAUUCUGCUUUAUUCUUAUUCAGCUGGUCUUGCUUAUUGACUUUGCCCACUCCUGGAAUGAAUCUUGGGUUGAAAAAAUGGAGGAAGGAAACUCAAGAUGCUGGUAUGCAGCUCUGCUGUCAGCUACAGCUGUGAAUUACCUGCUGUCUCUAGUAGCUAUUGUCUUGUUUUACGUUUAUUACACUCAUCCAGAAGGUUGUUCUGAAAACAAGACAUUCAUCAGUGUUAAUAUGCUGCUGUGUAUUGGUGCUUCUGUAAUGUCAAUUCUGCCGAAGAUUCAGGAAUCUCAGCCAAGAUCUGGUUUGCUGCAGUCUUCUGUCAUCACAAUUUAUACAAUGUAUUUGACUUGGUCAGCUAUGACCAAUGAACCAGAUAGGCGCUGUAACCCAAGUUUGCUGAGCAUCAUUGGUUACAACAGCACCACCAUUCCGACCCAAGGCCAGGUAGUUCAGUGGUGGGAUGCACAAGGAAUUGUAGGACUGGUUUUGUUUUUGCUGUGUGUUCUCUAUUCAAGCAUUCGAACAUCCAACAACAGCCAAGUUAACAAGCUGAUGCUGACCAGUGAUGAGUCAACACUGAUAGAGGAUGGAAUGCCCAGGAGUGACGGCUCCCUUGAUGAUGGAGAUGAUGUUCACCGAGCCAUAGAUAACGAGAGGGAUGGAGUUACUUACAGUUACUCCUUCUUCCAUUUCAUGCUUUUCCUGGCAUCACUGUAUAUCAUGAUGACGCUUACCAACUGGUACAGCCCGGAUUCUUCUUAUGAGACGAUGACCAGCAAAUGGCCGUCUGUCUGGGUGAAGAUCUCUUCCAGCUGGAUUGGCAUCGUGCUGUACGUGUGGACUCUGGUCGCUCCGCUGGUUCUUACAAACCGUGACUUUGACUAAGCUGUGCUGCUCUCUGGGGAGAUGGUGGUGGCUUCGCCGUGUCUUGGAAACAAACAGCAUUCCCGAGAAUAGUGCAGUUGUAAAUACGUGCGUGUGUGCGCGUGUGCUAUCCAUGUGGUAUACCCGGCUUUCUUUGCAUGAUUACCUUGAAUCAUGUCGUUUGGCAUUUCACUAAAUGACUUUUUCUUGCUGAGCUCAGUGACAAUUGCUAUGAUGAUGGUUUUCAUAGGAUUACUUCUAGAUCGAGUGCUUCGGGAGAGUUAGAUGUAAGAUCAAGACCUUUUGGAAGCAGUUUUUUUUUUUUUUUCCCCCUCAAUUGCAUUGAAUAGUUGUAGGAAAAAAAAGUGCAAGAGCUAAUUAGGGUAACAAACCAGUGUUAGAUCAGGCUUUGCAAGCCAAGGAGGGGCUGCCUUUGAUCCCUGUUGCCUUGAUUCCAAAGCAAGUCUUGAGUAAGCAUUGUUAGACUCAAAAUGGUGCAUGUUGGAGUUUUACAGGACAUCUUGCAGCAUUUUGGAGCCAAUGGCCUGACCUUUUCCCGCGGGAGGGCAGCGGUACCUCUAGCCCAGAUGUUAAAGGGGGGAGACUUGCACCUGAAUUUGCAGAGGAGCUGGUGUCCUCCUCGGUGCUGCUGGGUCUGGCGUGUCCUGUUGCAGGCAGGAGGGGACAGACACCCUGGGGAAAAACAUCCUGGUAUCAGGUGCUCAAGCACGUUUUUAAGGCACCUGUUUAUAAUGUGCAUCUACGUAGUAGUAGGUUGGUUGUUUUUUGUUUUUUUUUUUAGGGUAGCUUAAACGGAAUAGCUGUGCUGUAAUUUAUUGUUGUUUUGUGUGCAAAUUUCUUGGCUGAGCUACAAUCACAAGAGUUUGCAAGGAGCUGAGCGGUGAAAACUCUGCAAGCCCUUUAGAGGAAUUCUUUUAGUAUUGUAGUUAGAAGCGGGGGAAAAGGAGCACUGAAAUUAUGGUAACUGAGAGAGGCUUGCACUAACUGAGGCUUCAACAAAAGUGUUUCUUAAUACAUUUGGGGCUUUAAAUUUUGAAAUCUUUUAACGUAACAGGUGUUUUGCUUGUCCAGUGCCAGAGAUGGACUUGAGCCUAGAAAGUCUAAAUCUAGGCAUUAUGAGGUAAAGCAUUAAUCUGUUGAUUAAACUAUCGUUCCUGUGCAGUUACGAAAUAUUAAAUGCUGUUGUGCCUGCUGCUUUGUACUGGCAGUGUGUAAGCUGCGUUAUUUGUAUCUCUGUUACUUGCUAUGACUUGAGACUAGAGCAGCCUGACUGGGAGUGACCUUGGAGCCUUCAGCGGGCGUCACGCUGACCUGUCAUCGUGGUGGUUAGACUGUUACUUCCUGUUGCUGACACAUUCUCUAAGAUUUUAUUUUAAUUCUGCACCUGAACACUGGCAUUUACUGCAGAAGUCUGACAUGUCAAAUGUGAGAUGGUAAUGGAAGGACUAGUAAAGGCUUGUAAUAAUUUGGAAUAUGUUGUUACCUUAUUAAUAAAUAAAUUUGGAUGAAGAUG